UCAAGGUAACAGUUGAUCGUGAUUCCUUUUGUUUUUUUUUUUAUUUUUUUUUUUUUUGUAGACUUUGCUAAUGAACAAUACUUAAUCGAUAUAACGAUGACGAUGAUAAGAGACAAUAUAAGAAGAAUCGAUUGUUAUUGUUCCUUUUGUUGUUCAACAUUGUUAACUAGACCUCUUUCGAUAAUAUUCCUUAUUCUAUUAUUCGUGGAAAUCAGUGUAGCUACUUAUCGUAACUCGUCUAACACGUUUUUGGAAAGAUGUCGGUUAGAUUGUACGAUCCAACAGGACUUUGCUAGUUGUGGAAAAUAUAAAGCUGCAAGAUGGUUGAACGAAUUUGUUAAAGAGAAGGAGUUCACUUAUGGACCAUUUCGGAUAAUAAGAAUAUCAUCGAUGCAACAGGAAUCACUUUUGCCGAAAUUACCUCGUUCUAGGAUUAUCAAAAGAAGCGUAUUGGAUACGCUUGAUUUUCUUCGCGACAAUGUCAAUGAUUUAUUGACAAAACGAGCUAUCGUAUAUACAGUUGACAAUCCUACCGGUGGCAGAAGUUUUACAAGUGGACCGAUGAUAAUGGACGAGGAUGAGUUGCGUGAAUUGCAAGGAAGAAAAGAAACUCAGGGAGACUGGCGUAUCUUUAAGAAGAAAAAAUCAAUGAUAUUACCUCUGUUAAUAUUAUUGAAUCUUUUCAAAUUAAAAUUAUUGUUAUUACCAAUAUUUUUGGGCGUACAUUUCAUCAAGAAGCUUUUAGUUUUGGGUUCUUUAAUAGCUCCAUCUAUUUUGGCACAUCUUAAAGUUUGCAAAGUUCAACCACAUCCUCCUACGUAUCCUUAUCAUACUUGGGCAACUGCUGCUGAAGCACCUGUUGAUUAUCCUACCGGAUACGGUCACGAUGAAACUGCUUGGGCUCAUAGAAAUGAUAUUCAAGGUCAUCUCGCAUAUCCAGCAGCCUAUCCAGGAUAUCGUAAUCCUUAUGGUUGAACGUUUGAACAACGGGACAUAUUGGAAUUUUUUUAAAAUAAUAU